AACAAACUUAUCAUGACAGAGAGUUGGGGACUUGGAGCCAUCUUCUCCUCUUCUAUCAACGGACACAUUUUGGUCGGGAUGGAAAGAAAUGCAGAGAAGAAAGUAACCAGAUACAACAAAGAAGGGAGAAAGUUACAGGGCAUACAGUGGGGUGAUCAAGGACAAUCUCUUUACCAACGUAUAGAUUACAUAACAGAGAACAUUAAUGGUGACAUUUGUUCAUCAGAUAGUAGUGCCGGUAGGGUGGUGGUGGUGACUGCAUCAGGAGAGUAUCGAUUCUCUUACUAUGGUCUCCACCGAUUCUCUUACUCUGGUCGCCACUCUCAGUCUCGAUUCUGUCCUUUUGGAAUAUGUACAGAUGUUUUGGGGCAGAUUCUAAUUUGCAAUUACUCAGAUGUCCACUUGCUUGACAUAAAUGGUCAGUUUCUUUCUUUCCUACUCGUAAAAGAUCAAUGUCCUAAAUCCUCCUGUGGUCUCUGUAUUGAUGAUGAACACAAUUUCUGGAUUGGUGCAUCGGACAGUUCUACUGUCUCUGUGUACAAGUAUCUGAAAAAAACGAAACAAUAUUUUAUUUACGGCAUUCAUAGGUUUGAAUCACAACCCCUAUUGGCAUGA